GUUAUGGCAUGAUGACGCAGCGCACUAAGAAAGCCAAUCGUCUCCGAUUUUUUAUCGCGUGACGGUUUGUGGUUUUUGAACUAGGUUACGGCUUACUUCCAGGCUUCUCUCCUCUUAACUCUCACUCCUCAAAUCCGACCAACUGCGGUACAAACAGAUAUCUAUUAUAUACCGAACUAAUCACUGUUAGCAGCAGCUACCAUCAUUGAAAAUGGCUACCACUUUUCAAUUGGCUAUCCGGCUGCUCCUACAACUCUUCCUGACCGUGUCCUUCGCCGCAUCUGCUCCACUUAACACUCAGAACCACGCGCGACCAUGGCAUUAUGGUGUUAGCGGUGGGAUUGUUGGCUUCAUUGUUCUUGUGCUCGACAUUAUUGUCUGGCUCGAGGUCCUCCAGUCUAACCGUACUGUACCCCAAAAACUUCUCUGGGCACUUCUCGUCUUUAUCUUCCCAAUCGGAGGCGUCAUUAUUUACUUCCUUUUCUCCAACCGUGAUGCACAUCGCACAGGUGGUUAUGAACCGAUCUAAGAGCUGAGCGGACAAGUAUUGGCUUGUCAGGUUUUGAAAUUCUCGUCAAGCUUGGUGAAUGCGAACAAAUUGUUGGUUAUUGGUAUCUAGGGGAAAGAUAUUAGAAUACUACGAUGAAAUAUAGCUAUUUGGACAGCUCAACAUGGAGAUAGAUGAUGUCGUAAACUUGGCUUGCUAAGCAUCGCGUCAUCCUAGCUCCUUUAUAUCGUAGAAUGGUAUAAUUCUUCUUGCUCAGAUUGAAGUACAGUGCUCGAAAAUAUAUUGAUUUUAAAGUUGCGACAUGUGUCACGGAACUCAUGUUCACCAAGUACGUUGGAAAA